UGACAGCUGGGGUAAACUGUGGCAAUCCAGAAGGAAAUAAUAUGGAAUAUUAAAUUCAACAAAAUUUAUCGUCAUUUCAAAACAAUCGACAAUUUGUGAUCUAUCUUUUUCGCGCAGCGAAUGUGAACAAAUUCUACAUAAAUGGGUCAAGUUAGAAGCCAAUUCACCGAGGAGGAACUCCAAGACUACGAAGAUCUGACAUAUUUCACCAAGAAGGAAAUUCUCUACGCACACAAAAAGUUCAAGAGUCUUGCUCCGGAGAAGGUAGGUCACAACAAAAAUGCUCGAUUGUCAAUGAACAAAAUUCUCCAGUAUCCGGAGUUGAGAGUAAACCCGUUCGGCGAUCGGAUUUGCAAAGUGUUUAGCUCCAACAAUGGGGAGAUUUCUUUUGAAGACUUUCUGGAUAUGAUGUCGGUCUUUUCGGAUGCUGCACCCAAAUCGGUUAAGGCGGAACAUGCGUUCAGGAUAUUCGAUUUUGAUGGCGACGACAUGAUCGGUAAAAGUGAUCUCAAACAGGUGAUACAGAGAUUGACAGGAUACAACAAUGCUCUUGGUGACGGCGAUAUCGAUCAACUAAUAACGAACAUAUUAGAGGAAGCUGACUUGGAUGACGAUGGAGCACUUUCUUUUGCCGAGUUUGAGCAUAUCAUCGAUAAGUCCUCCGAUUUUACAAACUCCUUCCGUAUUCGAUUAUAAAUGUACAACUUAAACGUUUGUUUGUAGUCAUAUAAAUUAAGAAUCUCUGUUUUUACUCAAUUCGUGGAACUUCUCACUAAAAUAAGAGUAUACUAUUAUGUAGACAAUUUUUUUUAUUACCACGCAAAUAACGAGUGUUUCGUAAAAUAAAUGCAUGCGUCGAAUAAAAAACGUUCUAAGGUUGUAAAUA